AUGAACUUUUAUAUACGUGAGCAAUAUCCGUAUAGUUAUAUUCUUGGAUUUAUUUUCGCUGAAAUUAUUCUUUUUAUUUCUCUUAACAAUUUCUAUCGGCAGAAACCUUGCCCAAACCAAGAAGUAGGUCAACUAGUGCCUCCUGGUAACCCCGAAACCAGCUCUUUUGAGUCGAAUGCGCCAGCAGCGCCUCUUCCUCCGCCUCCGACGGCAAUCGUGUCAGCAUCCGCGCCAUCUCCGCCGCCUUUGCACCCCACUAUCUCCUCUGCACUUGGAAUUCUUCCGCCGCCUCCGCCGCCACUUGCGUCUGCUACAGAUCCGGCACGGUACCCAUCUUUAGCCUUGCCUCCUUCGAGACAGUUAGUCCCUCCGCCUCCUCACACCACUGCUCCACCGCCACCAAAUUUAGGCGAUAUAUCGCCUGACGGCUCAGCACAUCCGGUCAUAACUUCGGUGGAAUCAUCAUUUUUGCGACAAGGCCCAACUUUCCAGCCGCCGCAUACAUCAUUUCCCGGACAAGCAAAUCAGCCAGUAAUGCCACCCCCUCAAAUGACGCAAAACUUUCCGCUUCCACCUCCACAGCAGCUACAACAGCAAAUGCAACGACCACCUUUACAGCAGGUACAUUUUACAGGACAGUUGAUUGAUGCUUCUUUUUCCAAGCGUCUAUUGCUAACACCAUGUAAGUGUCUAUAUUAUCUUCAAAGGAUCGAAAUUACGACCAUCCUGGAUUAA